CUUGCCCAAAGAACCAAAAUUAUGCACAAACAUUACACCAAAAAUUCACAUACAUUUAGCAAAUAAAUUUAUUGUUAGUUUAUUAUGGUACAUUAACAAUAAUUGUUGUACACUUCCCCCUGCAAGGUCAUUUAUGUAAAAAGACUCCCUCGCUUUGAGGAUCUUUCAACUCAUGGCAAGCCACUAUUCAGGUAAAUGAUCAUUUUUAUUGAUAUAUAUAUACACAGAGAAAUGGAAGCGUAAGACAGUGGAACAGAGCCUCAAAUGAAGCUCAGAAGAUGGCAUUAAUGGCGACUAAAACUAAACUCUCCAGACUCUUAAGUAGUGUGACCUGUGGAAAACCGGUAUUUGGAUCUGGGUCUUGCUCCCAUGGCGGCAAGGGAAGUUUCGGGUUAGACCUUGGUUCUCAGUUGAGACCAUUGUUAUACUCUUCCUCGGCUUUGGCUCAAAAUGAGUGUGAGGUAGUGGGCUCGAGACACAUGGGGUUGGAAAUUCUGGGUGUGAAAGAUUAUGUGGAUUAUAGAAGAUCUUUGUAUGGUGAAAUUAGUCACAAGGCUUUGCUGGUUGAUGCUGUUGGGACACUUGUUAUUCCUUCUCAGCCCAUGGCCCAGAUAUAUAGAACAAUAGGAGAGAAGUAUGGAGUGGAGUACUCAGAGACUGAGAUUUUGAACCGGUACAGAAGGGCUUACGGGCAGCCUUGGGGUAGAUCUCGGCUAAGAUAUGUAAAUGAUGGUAGACCCUUCUGGCAACAUAUUGUUAGUUGUUCAACUGGUUGUUCAGAUUCUCAAUACUUUGAAGAACUGUAUAACUAUUAUACCACUGACAAGGCUUGGCACCUUUGCGAUCCUGAGGCUGAACAGGUCUUUAAAGCGCUAAAGAAAUCAGGUGUAAAGUUGGCUGUUGUGUCAAAUUUUGAUACUAGACUGAGACCUCUGUUGCGAGCUCUAAACUGCGAUCAUUGGUUUGAUGCUGUGGCGGUAUCAGCUGAAGUUGAAGCAGAGAAGCCAAAUCCAACUAUAUUUCUAAAGGCUUGUGACUUACUUGGGGUAAAACCUGAGGAGGUUGUACAUGUUGGUGAUGAUCGAAGAAACGACGUAUGGGGUGCUAGAGAUGCCGGGUGUGAUGCUUGGCUUUGGGGAAGUGAUGUUCACUCUUUUAAGGAGGUUGCUGAAAGGAUAGGGGUCCAAGUCUGAAAAUAUUACAAGCUGUCAAGCAAAAACUUCAAGACUUCUCUGUUUGUAUAGUUUUUCUUUAGAAAUAUACUCUCAAAGGCGACUAGUAGUGCAUAUAAGUAUGUAAUAAAAGGUGGACUUCAUAUGUGAAUUUCACUCGUGAGUUUGUAUUAGAGAUUGAGGUUCUAUAUUGCUCCUUCUACCAGUGCUUGAGGUUCUAUAUUGUAUACGCAGACUGUUAUUUCCUAUUUUUAAUAGCAUGACAGCCUUCUCAAUUA